UGGGGAGAUAAUCAGGUUCCGCAAUGGAAGCAUGUGUGACUUGGCUUCCUUCAUCGAUCAUCAUCUGACCCUAGCGGAGUGGCGAAGAGAAGUCUUGGCCGGCGGUCUUUAAAGAGAACAAGUUAUAAUUAGAGAUGGCAUCAAGGUUGCAACAACUGCAAUCUAAGGCCUGUCAAGCUACACAGUUUGUGAAGAAGCAUGGGACUGCUUACCACAAGCAGAUGUUGGAUCAGAACAAGCAGUACAUUCAGGAGCCACCUACUGUUGAGACGUGCAACUUGUUGGCCAAACAAUUGCUGUACACUCGCCUUGCUAGUAUUCCUGGACGCUGUGAAUCAAUCUGGAAGGAAGUUGAUUUUGUGAAGCAUGCAUGGAAGAACAGGCAAGAUUUGAAGGUAGAAGAUGUUGGAAUCGCUGCUCUUUUCGGGAUAGAGUGUUUUGCAUGGUUUUGCGCAGGUGAGAUUGUUGGAAGGGGAUUCACUGUCACUGGUUACUACCCCUGAAAAAGAUUGGUUAAGACUAUCAUUGGAUGAAAAACAUUAAUAUAUUUUUAUGUUUUCCAGCAAGGAUUUUUGUUUUUGACAGAGAAAUCUAGUUAUUGUAGAGCUUCAUUUUACUAAUAGUCCUCCUACAUUGUAAUUUGGACCUCUUUCUUGGUUGAAGAUGAAAACUUCUCUAAAUUGUUUCUGUAUGUUA